AUCCCGCUCGCUCACACAAAGCCCAGACGCGGAGAAAAUGGCGGCAGGGGUUGAAGCAGCAGCCGAGGUGGCGGCGACGGAGCCCAAAAUGGAGGAGGAGAGCGGCGCGCCCGGCGUGCCGAGUGGCAACGGAGCUCCGGGCCCGAAAGGUGAAGGAGAACGACCAGCUCAGAAUGAGAAGAGGAAGGAGAAAAACAUAAAAAGAGGAGGCAAUCGCUUUGAGCCAUACGCCAAUCCAACUAAAAGAUACAGAGCCUUCAUUACAAACAUACCUUUUGAUGUGAAAUGGCAGUCACUUAAAGACCUGGUUAAAGAAAAAGUUGGUGAGGUAACAUACGUGGAGCUCUUAAUGGACGCUGAAGGAAAGUCAAGGGGAUGUGCCGUUGUUGAAUUCAAGAUGGAAGAGAGCAUGAAAAAAGCUGCUGAAGUUCUAAACAAGCAUAGUCUGAGUGGAAGACCACUGAAAGUCAAAGAAGAUCCUGAUGGUGAACAUGCCAGGAGAGCAAUGCAAAAGGUGAUGGCUACGACUGGUGGGAUGGGUAUGGGACCAGGUGGCCCAGGAAUGAUUAAUAUCCCACCCAGUAUCCUAAAUAAUCCUAACAUCCCAAAUGAGAUUAUCCAUGCAUUACAGGCUGGAAGACUUGGAAGCACAGUAUUUGUAGCAAAUCUGGAUUAUAAAGUUGGCUGGAAGAAACUGAAGGAAGUUUUUAGUAUGGCUGGUGUGGUGGUCCGAGCAGACAUUCUUGAGGAUAAAGAUGGAAAAAGUCGUGGAAUAGGCACUGUUACUUUUGAACAGUCCAUUGAAGCUGUGCAAGCUAUAUCUAUGUUUAAUGGCCAACUGCUAUUUGACAGACCAAUGCACGUGAAAAUGGAUGAGAGGGCCUUACCAAAGGGAGAUUUUUUCCCUCCUGAGCGUCCACAACAACUUCCCCAUGGACUUGGUGGUAUUGGCAUGGGGUUAGGACCAGGAGGGCAGCCUAUUGACGCUAAUCAUUUGAAUAAAGGCAUUGGAAUGGGCAACAUAGGACCCGCAGGAAUGGGAAUGGAAGGCAUAGGAUUUGGAAUAAAUAAAAUGGGAGGCAUGGAGGGACCCUUUGGUGGUGGUAUGGAAAACAUGGGUCGAUUUGGAUCUGGGAUGAACAUGGGCAGAAUAAAUGAAAUCCUAAGUAAUGCACUGAAGAGAGGAGAGAUCAUUGCAAAGCAGGGAGGAGGUGGAGGCGGAGGCAGUGUCCCUGGAAUUGAGAGGAUGGGCCCCGGCAUUGACCGCAUUGGGGGUGCCGGCAUGGAGCGCAUGGGUGCAGGCCUGGGCCACGGCAUGGAUCGUGUGGGCUCCGAGAUUGAGCGCAUGGGCCUGGUCAUGGACCGCAUGGGCUCAGUCGAGCGCAUGGGCUCCGGCAUCGAGCGCAUGGGCCCGCUGGGCCUCGACCACAUGGCCUCCAGCAUCGAGCGCAUGGGCCAGACCAUGGAGCGCAUCGGCUCUGGCGUGGAGCGCAUGGGUGCCGGCAUGGGCUUUGGCCUGGAGCGUAUGGCCGCACCCAUUGACCGUGUGGGCCAGACCAUCGAGCGCAUGGGCUCUGGCGUGGAGCGAAUGGGCCCUGCCAUCGAGCGCAUGGGCCUGGGCAUGGAGCGCAUGGUGCCCGCAGGCAUGGGGGCAGGCCUGGAGCGCAUGGGCCCUGUGAUGGAUCGCAUGGCCACCGGCCUGGAGCGCAUGGGCGCCAACAACCUGGAGCGCAUGGGCCUGGAGCGCAUGGGCGCCAACAGUCUCGAGCGCAUGGGCCUGGAGCGCAUGGGCGCCAACAGCCUGGAGCGCAUGGGUCCCGCCAUGGGCCCGGCCCUGGGCGCUGGCAUUGAGCGCAUGGGCCUGGCCAUGGGUGGUGGUGGCGGUGCCAGCUUUGACCGUGCCAUCGAGAUGGAGCGUGGCAACUUUGGAGGAAGCUUCGCAGGUUCCUUUGGUGGAGCUGGAGGCCAUGCUCCUGGGGUGGCCAGGAAGGCCUGCCAGAUAUUUGUGAGAAAUCUCCCAUUUGAUUUUACAUGGAAGAUGCUAAAAGACAAGUUCAACGAAUGUGGCCACGUGCUGUAUGCCGACAUCAAGAUGGAGAAUGGGAAGUCCAAGGGGUGCGGUGUGGUUAAGUUUGAGUCGCCAGAGGUGGCUGAGAGAGCCUGCCGGAUGAUGAAUGGGAUGAAGCUGAGUGGCCGAGAGAUUGAUGUUCGAAUCGAUAGAAAUGCUUAAGCAGUUGCCUUUUUUAAACAUCGAUACCAGACCUCUGAAUUUGUAUUUUUUCUUGUUAACCAUUUUAAUUUGUUGGCUGGAUGUAUAAAGAUGUUUAAAAAAUUCAGUUGCUUUUUGGGGUAAUUUGAAUUACUUUUUUAAUGACUGGGGUUCCAUUUGACUGUUUGCAUUGAGAUUGCAAUGUGCGCAAUUUUUUUUGUAGUUGUGGCAUCUUGUUGACAUCGAAUAUGACUUUGAUAAUAAAUACCAGUUCCUGAAA